AUGGGCCAGCUCACACACAACAUAGUGGCGCGUAACAUCCGCAUGCUAUCUGCCGAAUUUCAAAGCUCUAUAAUUGCAGAAAAUGGCGUAUUUAAUAGCGAGUUGGCCAAAACACUGCGCGAGCCUAUUGCAGAGCAUCUUGGGAUUCGACCUCUAUACGCAUGGGGUCUGUACAAUUACUGCGGAGGUUCAUCGGACUAUGAACAACUCGAGUGCAACACAUCAAAAUUUGGACAUCAAGUAAAUAUCCCACAAGCCAUAAGUGACGAUUUGCCAAUCAGUUCUUCCAGUGGCACUGUGGCGCCGUAUCAAAACCAACACGAUAUCGACGUGUACACACGGGCAGGCUUCUACCUUCUUUUUGUUGGCACCAUUCUAGUGGGAGUAGCCUUUCUUCUUUCCUUGCUCACGAUCCCACCUGCGCUUACGAUCGCCUCUCUUUUGGCGUUGCUUGGCUUCGCCCUCCUUGUUUGCGGAGCCACCAUGUACACAUAUUUUAUUUCUCGGAUGAAGGAUCUAGCGAGCGCUGGCAUCGAUAUUUCGUACGGCAAUGCGCUGUGGAUGUUUUGGGCUGCGAUCGGCGCUGCUUUAUUUGCCAUACCUGCCUUGGUUAUAGGUGCCACUGACAGGUCAUCGAGGUUCGAUUAUUAA